AUGCUUCAAGUUUAUUUACUUGUCGACGAGGAGCUGAGUGAUCUAGCAGAAAGUGAAGAAAUAGCCACAAAAACCGUUCAAAUUCGAAAGUCUGUGCGAGUUUCUAUCGAGUUAAGCCCACACGAUUUAAGGCGCUGGUGGACGGCAGACUCUGUUGAAGGCUUGAUGGUAGAAGCUCUGCUCAACGGUGUCAACUUAGCCGUUCAUCCCCAAAACACUCGACGACAAGCCGAGAUUGAUUUCGAGGACUUCAACUGGGAUUUCAUCAUCGCACCACUCAGAUAUAACGCAUACAUCUGUCGAGGAGACUGCACGAGGACUGAG